AUGAUUAAAGAACUUUUAUUAUUAUUAUACUUUAUCAUUUUGGUAUAUGCAUUUGCAAAUACAAAAUGUGGAGGUAAAAGAUAUAAAUGUGGAGAAGAAAAUUAGAAUAAUGUAUGUGUAAAUGUGUCAGAGUAUAGAGGUAAGGUUCAUGAAUUAACACCAUGUUCUGAUGAUAAAACAUGUUUAUGGUAAGAUGCUGCUUUUUAAAAACCUGUAUAUUGUACAGACAAACCAACAAAAGAUAAGAUUCUACCAGGAGAAAGUUGUAGUGGAGAUAGUGAUUGUUUAUCAAAUAGUUGUAAAAGUGGAGUUUGUUUGGGAUUGAAAUUGAAUUAAUAAUGUGCAGGACAUUAAUAUUGUGAUGUUGGUUAUUAUUGUGAUACAUAUUGUAAAUAAUAAGUUCAAUUUGAAUAAUCAUGCUAAAAUGAUUAUUAAUGUACUAAUAAUUGUGUAUGUAAUUUGGGGAAAUGUGCAUAUUACUAUUCAUUAGAAAAUAAUAUUAAAGCUGAUAAUCCUAAGGCAUGCUAUUAUGGAUAUAUUAAUCCAAAUAAUGGAACUUGCUAAAAUGGACCUCAUAGUUUAACAAAGAGUAAACCAUGUGAAACUGAUACUGAUUGCAUAUUAUUGGAUAGUGAUUAAAAGUUAUACGGUUAUUCUGAAUGUUAAUGUGGAUUCAAUGCUGGCGGGUUUUCUUAUUGUAGUUUGGCUGAAGGAGAUCCUGAAUAUUUGAAGAUAUUAGAAUUAUUCUAAUGGUUAUUACAAGUUAAUCAAUAUUGUCAUACUAUUUUGAGAUAUGGACCUUGUUCUUCUCUUUAUUUAGAUGAAUAUAUUGAUUAUUAAAAGGCUGUAAAAUUCUAUGAACUAUAAUCAUAAAUCAUGUUUAAUGAUGAAUGUAUAUAGAAAAUUUAUACUGAUGAAUAUUGGGGCAUUCAUUCAAACAGAUUAUAUAUACUCUUAAUUAUUUUAUUAUUAUUAUAAUGA